AUGUGGCUGACUGUUAUUCACUCGACUGUUGGCCGAUAUCCCACUCCCAGGGAUCAGGUCGACAAAGAAGAAGAUGUGUCUGAAUACCAGACAACACUUCAGCCUCAAGUGAUAUUAGUGGCCACUCAUCGGAAUUCAGUUCACGUCGAGCCCAUCACUAGGGAUCAGAUUAUUAAAGAAUCGUUUGACAAAAUCCACUCCAGUUUAGAGGGAAAGACGUAUAAAAAUCAUUUAAAUGAUAACUACUUAGCGUUAGAUUGCGAUGAGAUGUCUUACGACGAGCCGAUACUUCUGCACGAACUGAGAACUAAUAUCGAGAAGAUUGUGGUGAAGGAAAGGCUGGUGAGUCUGGACAUACCGGCGCCGUGGAUGGAGUUCGAGCAGAUCAUCGAGAAGUUGAAGCAAAGGGGCAUUUAUUUCGCGGACAUCAAUCAAUUGCAUGAAUUCGCGUGCAGUCGUAUCGACGCGUUCCAGUCGUACGACGCGCUGAACGCCGCGCUUCACUUCUACCACAAUCAGGGAAAGGUGUUCUGUCUCGACCACAUCGGCUACUUCUCACUCUUCGACUCACAGAACGCUUACGACUGCGGAGUCAUUAUAUUAGACCCGAAUUGGUUUCUUCAAUGCGUUUACAAACUCUGCUCUUUUGUCAAAGAAGUUCCCGACGACGACAACGCACAGUACGGUCUUCUCAGCGAAAACCUUAUUAACAAGGUUUGGGAGGAAUACACAGAACAAAAGUUUAUUCUUUUGGGAUGUCUUGAAAAAUUGGAUAUUAUUUUUGAGUUGCGGCCAUACAUUCAGAUAGAGGACGCACCCGAUGUGACGGCCAACACAUCUGUGCCCAAAUUGUAUUUCUUUCCGUGGAUCACAAAAGCAGUUCCCGAUACGGAUCCCCCAAAUGCACAAACAAGCGACUCAUUUCAGGACUCGUCCUUUCAAUUAGUUAUUGAUUUUAAUCAUCUGCCAGUUGGUUUAUUUUCACGACUACUGGUAAGACUUAGUCGUUGGUCAUGGAAUCAGGGAUGGGGUCGAAGGCCUGAGAUGUAUAAUUCUGAAGGAAGAAUAGCCGUUGACUUCGAUCACGACAUUCUGUUGAAAAUUUGCUUAAAAUAUAACAGAAUUUUUCUUAUGAUUAUUAAAAUAUUCGAUGAGUUACAGACGGAUCAGAUCGAGAACUUCCUCAUCGGUCCGACGGCUAAUGUCUGCGUUAAGGUUCAGCAUUUGAUUGAAACAGAAUUGGAAACUCUUCGCAAUUCAUUCUACCGGCGCCUCAAUUUUAAACUAGUGGUUCCCUGUCCUUGUGAUGUGACGUGUGAACCCCAUAAGAUUGACGGAUGCAAUGACAUCGAGUGUCUCCACUUUCUACCACUUAAUGAAUGCCUCACUAAAAAAGUGGUUGAGUGUAAAUACAGUAGACAAGUGAGAACUAUAUUCAUUCAACGCUAUUUCCCACACGUGCCCUUUAAUUCUGGUCCGGAAGAAUCAAACAAUUCUGUGUCUAAUGGGAACCGAGAGAAUGGUUGGGACCAUAUAUUCCAAGUGGAACCGGUUUGGAUGAGAGAAGCCGCCAAACUAUUGGCUCCCAAUCAUCCAAAUAAAGAUUGGAUGGCUUUAGCUAAACGUCUCGGUUAUAGUGAACGAGAUGUCACAAAGUUUGUGGAAGAUAUCGCUCCCUGUCUGGCACUACUCCGGGAUUGGUAUGAAACCAAUGGUCGGACCCGUUAUUGUGUUGAUGUUCUUCUGUCGUGUUUGCGAAUGAUAUCGAGGGAAGACAUCGCAGCUCUUAUUGAAUACGAUUUAGAGCCAGAAGGGUCUGCACCGCCUGUUUUUAUCAGUUAUCAAAGGGAUUCACAGGACCAGGUCUCAGAAUUGCGUCAAAAGUUGGAGCUAGCUGGAUUCCCAUGUUGGAUGGAUACCAGGUCUAUGGGCGCCGGGGAUUCAUUAUAUGGAAAGAUCUACGAUGGCAUCAGUAGAGCUAAAGUUGUUUUAUGUUGUCUGACUCCACGAUACGCGGCAUCGCCGAUGUGUAGCCGUGAAGUGACUUUAGCUGAUGUUUUACACAAACCUAUUUUGCCCAUUAUUAUUGAGAUGACUCCGUGGCCACCGCCCGGGGCUAUGGCUGUCAUUAUGAGUUCAAUC